AUGGGUGGACUAAAUGAUUCUGUGGUCACUGAGCUUGUGUUACUGGCUCUUUCUUGUUCUACAGAGAAAAAAUUUCUUCUCAUUUUGAUAUGUUGUUUGCUUUAUUUAGGGGUCAUCCUGGGAAAUCUCUUCAUUUUGGUUUUGGUAAUUUUUGAUUCUCACUUACAGUCCCCUAUGUACUUCUUGCUAGCUAACCUGUCCCUCAUUGAUGUGGGUCUUUCCUCUACCACAAUCCCUAAAAUAAUCUCAGACCUUUUAAAUGAAUACAAUGUAAUUUCUUUUCAAAGUUGUAUGACACAGAUAUGCUUCAUCCACAUCAUGGGAGGAGUGGAAAUGGUGUUACUCAUGGCCAUGGCUUUUGAUAGAUGUGCAGCAAUCUGUAAGCCUCUUCACUAGUUGAAAAUCAUGAACCCUAAAAUAUGUGUUUCAUUUGUAAUCUCUGGCUGGGUAAUUGGGGUGGUCCAUGCUAUGUCUCAAUUUGCUUUUGUUAUAAACUUGCCUUUUUGUGGCCCUAAUAAAGUAGACAGCUUUUACUGUGACUUUCCAAAGAUUAUAAGACUUGCCUGCACAGAUAGAGCCAAGUAUGAGUUUAUUGUUACUGCCAACAGUGGCUUCAUGACCAUGGGCACAUUCAUCUUGCUAAUCCUUUCCUAUGUUUUCGUUUUGAUCACUGUCUGGAAACGUUCCUCAGGAGACUUAUCCAAGGCAUUUGUCACGUUGUCAGCUCACAUCACUGUAGUUUUUUUGUUUUUCACUCCAUGCAUGGUUCUUUAUGUCUCGCCUUCUCCUCCACCAUCACUUGAUAAAAAUCUGUUCAUUGUUGACUUUGCUAUCACCCCUGCCUUAAAUCCUGUCAUCUAUACAUUAAGAAACAAAGACAUAAGGGUAGCAAUAAAAAGACUGUUCAAAAAGAGAUCUUAUUCUAAAUUUUGUUGA